UUCUCCACAGCAGCAUGAGCGCAAGCAGCAUGAGAAGCGAUCAGCCGGUUCUUCCGUUUCAGAGGACUUCCGUGUUUACAUGUCUGCAGCAGGCACCGAUCCCUCAUGGCUUUCAUUACGAAGAAGGAUCGCAGCAAAGAACGAUUUUCGCUGCUGCUGCUGGAUCUGGAAGAACAUUAUUUUGAACACCACACUGCAUAUAAUCUGACCGCCAGAGGUCAGGAGGCAAACAGACGAACCAGUGGCUCACUAAAAAUCUGUUCCAAAUCAAUCAUUUUUGAACCCGAUGAUGCUGUUAAGCCUAUUUUAAAGAUUCUUCUGAAAGACUGCAAAGGAAUAGGAGCAGUGGAAGAAACAGGCCACAACCCAUUUAUAGAAAGUAAACCUGCCUGUAUUCUUAUAGAAACCAAGCAGAUUUAUCUAAUUAAAGAAGAAAACGUGGUUGCUCCAUAUAAAUAUGAAAGGGGAGAAAAAAAGGUCACAUUCCAAUUGGAGGUGCCGGGAAAAACAGAGGAUGUUGUUCAGAUGUUAUUACAGUUACACAGAGCAUCCUGUCUGGAUAAGCAGGGUGACCAGACAGCAAUGGUUGCAGCUAUUCUGCAGUCCAGGUUAGCAAGGACACGUUUCGAUAAAAACAGUUUUCAGAAUGUAACAGAAAACCCACACAUGGAGUGUGUUGCAGAAAUGGUUUCUCCUUUGGUGACAAACGCUGGUCACGUUUGCAUCACUGAUUGCAAUCUUUACUUCCAGCCAAUGAACGGCUAUCCUGAUUUAGUGGUGCAGAUUGGGCUACAUAGUGUAAGACGCAUCUACAAACGGAGACAUGGGUUGAGGCCUUUGGGCCUUGAAGUGUUCUGCACAGAGAAUGAUCUUUGCUCUGAUAUCUACCUGAAGUUCUACAGUACUAAAGAAAGAGAUGAGCUUUAUUACUACAUUGCAACUUUCCUCGAAAACCAUAUAGCGGAGUGCACAGCGGAGAGCUACAUGCUGCAGUGGCAGAGAGGUCACAUUUCCAACUAUCAGUACCUACUUCAUCUAAACAAUUUAGCAGACCGCAGUGUGAAUGACCUAUCCCAGUAUCCAGUGUUCCCCUGGGUCAUCAGUGACUACAGCAGCACACAGCUGGAUUUGCUGAACCCUGCUUCAUUUCGAGAUCUCGGUAAACCAAUUGGAGCUUUGAACACGGAGAGACUGGAGAGAUUACUGGAACGCUACAGAGACAUGCCUGAGCCUCAUUUUAUGUACGGUAGUCAUUAUUCAUCACCUGGAUAUGUGCUUUUCUACCUUGUCAGAGUCGCUCCAGAGCACAUGCUUUGCCUACAGAAUGGACGAUUUGAUCAGGCAGACAGGAUGUUCAACAGUGUUGGUGAGACGUGGAAGAAUUGUUUAGAGGGAGGCACAGAUUUCAAAGAGCUGAUUCCUGAGUUCUAUGGAAGUGACAGCAGCUUUCUGAAGAAUCUGCUAGGUUUGAAUCUGGGCAGGAGGCAGGGAGGAGGCAGAGUUGAAAAUGUUGAACUUCCUCCUUGGGCUUCAGAUCCAGACGACUUCUUGGAGAAAAUGCGUUUAGCACUGGAGUGUCAGUAUGUGUCUGAACACCUGCAUGAGUGGAUUGAUCUGAUUUUUGGCUACAAACAGAGGGGAAGUGAAGCUGUGGCUGCCUAUAAUGUUUUCCAUCCAUUAACAUAUGAGGGAGGAGUUGACUGCGAUAGUAUUGAGGACCCAGAUCAGAAAAUAGCCAUGCUAACUCAGAUAUUGGAGUUUGGACAGACGCCUCGACAACUCUUUGUCACUCCUCAUCCUCAGAGGAUCACUCCACGCUUCCACAACCUGUCAGCCACCCCCAGCCUCAGCAGCAGUGAGCUAUCACCAUCAUCUCCAAGUAUGGAAUCAUUUGAGGACCUGACUGAGGAAAGUAAGAAAAUGGCCUGGAGCAACAUGAACAAACUUACAUUGCAGUCUUGCCACAAAAUACAUAAAGAAGCAGUAACAGGCAUUGCUGUGACCCUCAGUGGGGAUUCCAUCUUCUCAACUUCUCAAGACUCCACAUUGAAGAUGUUCUCGAAAGAAAAUGGACUUCAAAGAAGUGUGUCCUUCUCGAACAUGGCACUGUCCUCCUGUCUGAUGCUUCCUGAUGAAAAGAUUGUUGUGUGUUCCUCCUGGGACAACAAUGUAUAUUUUUACUCCGUAGCAUAUGGAAGAAAACAAGACACUUUGAUGGGUCACGAUGAUGCAAUUAGUGAUAUUUGCUGGAGGGAUGACAAACUUUACACAGCAUCUUGGGAUUCUACUGUGAAGAUUUGGAAAUGUGUAGCAGAUGACAUCUCCAGUAAUAAAAGGACUCAGUUUGACCUGCUUUCUGAAUUUGAACAUGAGGCUGGGGUUAAUACUUUAGAUCUUGGCCCAGGUGGCACACUUUUGGCAACGGGUACUAAAGAAGGAACACUAACUCUUUGGGACAUUGACAACCCUGUCCCACUAAAUCAACUGACCUGCCAUUCUGGAAAGAUUCAUCAGGUGGCCUUCAGUCCUGACAGCAGACAUAUUCUGAGUGUUGGGGAGGAUUCGUGUUUGGUGGUUACAGAUGUGCAGACAGGCAUGCUCAUCGCUACUGUACAUUCAGAGGAAGAGCAGAGGUGUUUCUGUUGGGAUGGUAACACUGUGUUAUCUGGAGGGAUGUCAGGAGAUCUCAGUGUAUGGGACCUCCUUAGCAGUAAAGUCGUCCACAAAAUACCUGCUCACUCAGGUGCAGUAACGUGUAUGUGGAUGAAUGGACAAUGCAGUACUAUCAUCACAGGUGGUGUGGACAAACAGAUCAUUCUUUGGAAACCAGAGUAUUAACAGUAACAUUUCUAUGUUCGAUAAAACAAUUCAUUUUUCAGACCAUUCGGACCAAGGUCAAUUUUCACCAUGUGAUUUCAUGGGACAAUUUAACCGUACCAAAAAACCUCUAAAAUAGAAAUCUUGACAAUGUGUUUGAUACAGUGGGGAAAAUAUUUAUUUUAUCCCCUGUUGAUAUUGUAUAUUGUCUGUACUUUUUAUGGUAGGUUUAUUUUAACGUAUAGAGACAGAAUAACAACCAAAAAUUCCAGAAAUUAAACUAUAUAAUUAUAUUAAAUAGUUAUAUAUAAUACAAUAUUUUAUAUAAGUUAUAUAAAGGUUAGAAAUUGAUUUGCAUUUCAGUGCAAUAAGUAUUUGAUCCCCAAGCAAAACAUGACUUAGUACUUGGUUCUGAAACCCUUGUUGGCAAGCACAGACAUUUUUUUGUAAUUGGUCAUCAGGUUUGCACACAUCUGAUCCACUCCUCUUUAGAGAUUCUCUCUAAUUCCUUAAGCUUUCUUGGCUGUUGUUUGGCAAUUCAAAUUCUCAGCUCCUUCCACAGAUUUUCUAUAGGUUUGCAGUCUGGAGACUGGCUAGGCCACUCCAUGACCUUAAUGUGCUUCUACUUGAGCCACUCAUUUAUUUCCUUGGUGGUAUGUUUUGGGUCAUUGUAAUCAUUCAAGACUUAUCCAUGACCCAUCUUCAGUGUUCUGGCUGAGGGAAGGAGUUUCUCAUCCAAGAUCUUACAGUACACAGCCACGUCCAUUUGCCCCCCAAUACAGUGAAGUCAUUCUGUACCCUUAGCAGAAAAACCACCCCAAAGCAUAAUGUUUCCACCUCUGUCCUUGACUAAAGGGAUGGUGUUAUUUUGGUCAUAGUUGGCAUUUCACUCCCUCCAAACACGGCGAGCCGAGUUAAUGCCAGAGAGCUUAAUUUUUGUCUCAUCUGACCACAGCACUUUCUCCCAAGCCUUCUCUGAAUAAUUUAGAUGUUCACUGGCAAACUUUAAACUGGCCUGUACAUGUGCCACCUUGAGCAGAGGGACUUUGUGGAUGGUGGAGGAUUUCAGUCCAUUGCAUUGUAAUGUGUUACCAAUGGUUUGCUUGGUGACUGUGGUCCCAACUGUUUUAAGAUUAUUAACAACCUCUUUGCGUGUAGUUCAGGGCUGAUCCCUCACCUUUCUCAUGAUCAUCCUUUCCCCAUGAGGCAAGAUCUUGGACGGAGCUCCAGACCAAGGCCGAUUGGUUUGGAUUUCUGGUCUUGUAGCCCAUUCAAGCCUCGUGCAGAUCUACAAUCUUGUAUCUGACAUCCUUUGACAGCUCUUUUGUCUUGCCCAUGGUGGUGGUAGAGGCAAGAUACAGAUGGUUUUAUACACCUAAUGAGCUGACAUUAGGAGUAACUUCUUAAAGUGACCGGACUAAUCUCUGUUCCGCAUGGGCACAUAACCAAUCUGUUGGAGUCAGAAUUCCUGCUGGUUGGUAUGUGAUCAAAUACUUAUUUCACUUACUGAAAUGCAAAUCAAUCUCUAACCUUUAUAUAAUGUGUUUUUGUCUGGAUUUAUUUUUUAUUUUUUCGUUUCUGUCUCUACUAUUUAAAAAUAAAUGUACCAUAAAAAUUACAGACCCUUCAUUUCUUUUUUCAAGUGGGCAAACUUGCAAAAUCAGCAGGGCAUCAAAUAAAUAUUUUCCCCACUGUACAUUUGGUCAAAGUUUUAGAAUAAGGUUGGUUAUACAAAUAGCAGAGUUUUAAAAACACCUCACCACAACAGUUUUACAUUUAUUGUUUAGUUUUUUUUUUUUUUUUUUUUUUUUUUUUGAAAGCUAGCUCUGUUUAGUAACUGGAAUUUUAACAAAAGAUAUGGAUGUCCUAUUUGGCUCAGUGAAAUAUAUAUAUAUAUAUAUAUAUAUAUAUAUAAUUUUUUUUUUCUCUUUUUAUUUUAAAUAUUAUACAUGUAUAACAUUUGGCAUGUCAAAUCUCUUUCAAAAUGUGCAUAAAACAGCAACAAUUCAUAUGGUUCAUGAAAGACAAUCAGUUAUUAUGAUUGUCCUUACUAUUAUUGCUUUUGAAUGUAACCGCCAAAUCAUACUUAUUAAAAAUUCAUAAUACAUCAUGCUCGCAAAUUGUACAAAAUUAUGAGAUCAGUUCUAGACACCUUUAUUACGGGUGACUGAGGAAUGUUCAGAAGUAUUAAGUAGUUAUAUAUAGUAUAUGUUUGAUGUACUGAAGGUUUGCUGCAGUCUUUUUGAGCGAUAAAUAAAUAUUCGAUGGGGAUCUUUUUUUCUUUUAUGUGCCUUAGUUUUUAAUAGUUUGAACAUGAGCAUUUCUUUUAAUGCCCACUCUUUAAAUAUGCUUGCAUCUCUAGCUAAAAUAUAUACCCAAAAAUUAUUACAUACAAGUUAUGCAUGACAAUAUAUUUGAGUGAAACAUUCUGCAAUAUAAUAAACUGUAGUGUUAUGUCUUAAGUUUAUGGAUGCAUUUGUGUAUAUACAAAUUUUAUAUUUCAUACACUUAUUUAUGUUUCAACAAUGCCUUGAAAAAUUGCUCUUCAGUGAAGAACACUUUGUGUUAUGUAUAAAAAAAAAGAAAUUAAAUCAAAAUCACAAGAUUAUGCAAUAUUAUGUAAAACCUCAAUGAGCUCACAGGUUAUUAAAGGGAUUGUUCUUUCAAAAAUGAAAACUGUCAUCAUUUAUGUUUUUUUCCAAGCAUGUAUAACUUUCUUUAUGCUUUGGAACAUAAAUUUAAGAUAUUUUGGUAAAAUCAUUUAUUUAUAUAUAUAUAUAUAUAUAUAUAUAUAUAUAUAUAUAUAUAUAUAUAUAUAUAUAUAUAUGAUUUCUACAUAUUUUACAAUGAAAUUCAAAAAUUCAAAGGUCAAAUGUUGUUUGGCUCCAGUGUUAUAGAAAAUAUAUUUUAUGUUCAGUGAAGAAAGAAAUGCGAACAGCUGUGGAACCACAAGAUUGUGAGUAAAUUAUAACAGCAUUUUUCAUUUUUGGAUGAAUAAUUCUACACAAAGUGGCAUUUUAUGUGUGGACUACAUGUUUUAGUAUAUAGGUUUAUGUAGUGGACUCUUUUCCUGUUCUGUAUUUUUUAGGUUUUAAUGUGUUUUUAUUAUUAUAAUUUCUUUUUUCUUUUUAAUUUUUUUUAUAAUAUGUAUUUUAUUGCCUCUUGGAAGAAAACUGCUGGAAAUUCAAAAUGUCUUUACAAAUGCACAAAUGUUUGUUUUUCCGUUUAUGUUAUACUGGACAGUUAUUUAGUUUAAAACCUUUUCUCUUUGUUUUUUGUUUGUUUUAUUUUUUUAAAUAGUAACAUGACUAAAUAUGCAAAGAUACAAAUUAAAACUAUCCUUAGUCUGAUUAUAUGUUUGCCUUGUUCAAAACUCUCCUUUGGUGUGCCCAUUUAUUUAGCGUUAUGAAGCUCUUAAAAUAAAU